CCCUGUGACACGGUGUCCACAACGCUAUUCCCUUGGUUCAGCUAACAUCAUGAAGAGCCUUGUGAAACUCAAGCUGCACUGUAUUAAUAUACACAAAGACACCACAAGACUGUUGAAAUUUUACCUUCUUAUCGCCAUGUCUGGCUUUCUAUGCGUAUUUCUCGUUAAAGUUCACAACAACCCUAGUUUGAUUCGCUCAAUAGAUUCACUUCAAUUUUCCAGUGACAGCGACGAGGACAAAAUGUGGCAGAUGGAUCUACAGGAAAUAAUGACAGACAUGGGACUCAAAGCGACAACAGAGUCGCCAGAAAACUUAUUGGACACUGGCGACAAUAUGAUGACAUUCACUUUCGCUGCACAAUUUUCCACAGUAGUCCAAGAUGACGAUGGACCAUAUAUGAUGACAUCAAAACCAUCGAUACCAGAUACAGAUAUACAAAAAACACCUGCACCCAAUGAUUUUGUGGCAUUAACAGAAGAUGAAUUGGAAACUAAAGGAACGGAGGAUGAUACUUUUCCGCCUUUGAUAAUUGCAGAUAGAAGUAAUGCAGAAGAAAUGGCGUUUGAUGCAUUAAGAUUGUCCCAAGGUGAUAGAUUACAAGCAGGCCCUCUAGGGGAUGACCAGUACGACGAGUUUGACUUAGGAGCAGAUGCAAAUGCAGCUGAUAUGGACUUCAAACCAAUAAGACUUGAUGAAUGGUUAACAACCCCAAAUCCCGACAAAAAUAAAGCACCCUUCCAUGAAGAGAAAUAUACCACACUUUCUCCUGCUCAGGCUCUUGGUGGGCAGGCACCUUUCCCUGCUCUUCCACAGAAUGUUCCACUGGCAUACCAGCCUGGUGGCCAAGCUGUUCCACAAGCUAUGCCACAAUCGUUGGGUAAUCAAAUGAAUGUUCCCUGGGUUCCCCAAGCUGUACCACAAAUGAAUAUUCCUGGUGUUCCUCAAGCUGUACCCCAGGCUGUCCCACAAAGCUUAGAUAGUCAAAUGAAUGUUCCUGUUGUUCCCCAAGCUUAUUCUCAGUCUGAAGCAAAGGCUGAUGUUCCACAAGCAGUGCCAUACGACCAGCCUGAUUCCCCUGUAAUGCCUGAUCUGGAAAUAAUGUACAAGCCACAAAUUCCAAUUGUUGUAACAGAAGCUCCAGCCCCAGAAAUACUUCCAAAGGAAUAUAUAAUGUCAAAAGGACAAAUGGUUGAUGUUAAAGAGUUCCGCCCUAGAUAUCUGUUUCCCAUGUUCCGAUUAGGUGUUGGUGGUCCAAAUUAUCAAUUCAAUAGUUUGAAAACAGCCAUUGGAUUUGCUAUUAAACAUGGUAGAACAUUGGUUAUAUCUCCAUUUUUCCCUCGUCACAUGAUUAAUAUAGCAGACAGAAGACUAUUCAAUGAAACAUUUGAUCUAGUCAGACUAAGUAACAUUGUACCAAUUGCAUCUGUGGCCCAGUUUAAAGCGGACUGUGAAAGUACUGUUGGUGUAGUUGUCCAUGGACCUCCGGUCACUAAAGGAAAAAGUUCUGUUACGUAUGAUCAAGUAUAUGAAACUGUCAGGAUACGAUUAGGUAACAUAUUUGGAAUGAAGUUCCCUGGAAAAAAUUUUGUGCCGAAAACAGAAACUGAAAGCCUGAAUAAGAUUGUUGACUCUGAUAAAGCUAAAUGUCUUGGAAUAUACUGGCCACACAAUCUCGGAAAGUUGCCUGCACCAGUAUUCAACCAGGACAUGCUACCAAGAAUAGAUUCUCAUCUCAAGAAAAUUCCUUCAAUUCAAGCAAUGGCCAGAGUGUUUAUCAGACUUCUCUUCAAAGGCUGUCAAUUUAUGUCUGUACAUUGGAGCCUCAAUGAAGAUGUCAAGAAAAUAUGGUGCGAGGUUAUGGUACCCAAAGAAAAGAGGACAGCAUGUUACACUUCUCCAAUGCCGUCCCAUAAUAUUUCAGGCAUAUUAACUUCAGUGAUGGAUAAACACCAACUCGACUGUGCAUAUGCAGCUUUGAGCCCAGACACAAUGUUGGGGCACAUGCGGGAUCUAUCGAUGUCCAUAAAGGGAAUCAAGACUUUCAAUAACAUUUUUGAGUUGAACACGCCAUACCGAUUACUGCUCAAAUCCAAUGAAUACUUGUUAUCAUUAGUCGAACAAGAAAUAAGCGUCAGGGCUAAGUUAUUUGUAGGCGUUUCAAAUUCAUGGUGGACAUACCAUGUGGCGAGAGAAAGAACAGCACAAGGCUCUGAAACACUAUACAUUCAUGAUUUUGUAUUGCCGUCGUAUUUGAACAUGUCAUCAAGUGCAUCUGGACCAAUGGUUCCAAGGCCUUUGGCUCCACAGGUUCAAAUACAAGCCGCAAAACAAAUACCAAAUACUGGAGGUCAAGGACAGGGAGGACAGGGACAAGGGCAGAGUGGUGGUGGUGGUGGUGGUCAGGAAAAGAAAGACGGGAAUACUCCCUGGAAACCACCAACAGGUCAAAACCAGCAGAGUCCUUGGAAAAAACCAGAAGGUCAACCCCAGCAGCAGAGUCCUUGGAAAAAACCAGAAGGUCAACCCCAGCAGCAGAGUCCAUGGAAACCACCAGCAGGCCAAAACCAACAGAGUCCUUGGAAAAAACCAGCAGAUCAAAACCCGCAGAGCCCAUGGAAGCGACCAGAAGGUCAAGAUCAGGGUGACAAGAAACCGACUGGGCAGAAUGCGGGUAAUCCAUGGAAACCUCCAGCAGGACAAAAUCAGGGUAAUGCAUGGAAACCACAGGGCCAAAACCAGGGUUCUCAAUGGAAACCACCAGCAGGUCAAACGGGUAAUAAUCAGUGGAAACCACAGAAUGAAGGGAAUAAGUGGAAACCGCCUCAGAACCAAGCUAGCCAAUGGAAACCACAAAAUCAACAACAAAAUCAAGCACAGAAGCAAUGGGGCGGGGGUCCUGAUGGCGGUGGAAAAGGUGCCGGGCAGCAGUGGUGGUAAAAGUUUAUAGUUGGUUAACGGACUAUUUUUUGUCAAAUUAAAUGAUUUCUUUUUACAUUCGACUAGAAUGUCAGACAGGCCAAUAGCACUGUUUCCCAUAUGACAUUAAUGUUCUGAGCAUUCAAAUUUAAGUUCUGGACUUUGAACUAAAUUCAAAUUCUGAGACUUUGAACAAACUGUGCUGUCACAACAUUAACUUUGAGUAACAGCUCAUACUACCUUGUAUGAUGGUAACAUAUAUCCUCAGAUCAGACACUAAUUAUGGCCAAUUUUAAGCAACUUUGAGUGAAUUAACGUCUACAUGUCGGCAAGAUAACAGAGAGUCGCCAUCAAAUGUUAACGAGGUAGUGGGAUUACAAAAUAUGGUGAAUGGUAAAAAAUAGAAUUUUCGAAAUUGAUGUAUAAUUACAAUAGAACAAUAA